AAGGGCAGAUAUCAGCGUCAAUGGCAUUCGCUCCUGCUAUUCUUAGGAGGCUGCCGGCAGCUCUGCACAGCCCGGCAGGGAGUGAGGGACCGAAGCAGAGCGGCGGCUGCCAGCACCAGUAUGUCUUACAGCGUGACCCUGACUGGGCCUGGGCCCUGGGGCUUCCGGCUGCAGGGGGGCAAGGACUUCAACAUGCCCCUCACCAUCUCUCGGAUCACCCCUGGCAGCAAGGCAGCCCAGUCUCAGCUCAGCCAGGGGGACCUGGUGGUGGCCAUUGAUGGCGUCAGCACAGACACCAUGACCCACCUGGAGGCCCAGAACAAGAUCAAGUCCGCCAGCUACAACUUGAGCCUCACCCUGCAGAAGUCCAAGCGUCCCAUCACCAUUUCCACAGCGGCACCUCCAAUUCAGUCCCCGCUGCCAGUGAUCCCCCACCAGAAGGACCCUACUCUGGACACCAACGGCAGCCUGGUGGCACCCAGCCCCGAGGCGAGGGCCAGCCCAGACACCCUGGGCACCCUGGAGCUCAGGGGCACCCUUAGCUCCUCCUUCUCCCAGACCUCAGUCUGCUCUGCACACUCGGAGGCCUCAGAUCCCCGCCCUCUGCAGGCCAGCCUGAAGGGGACGCAGGACCCGCGGGGCCCGGGACUCCUUGGGGCCCCUGGCCGGCCGAGGCAGUAUAACACCCCCAUUGGCCUGUACUCGGCAGAGAGCCUGCGGGAGAUGGCUCAGAGCUACCAGCUGAGCCUCCGAGGGCAGCCCUCGGGUGCCGGACUCCCAGGAGGGAGCCUCCCGGUGAAAGACCUGGCAGUGGACAGCGCCUCACCAGUGUACCAGGCUGUCAUCAAGAACCAGAGCAAGCCCGAGGAAGAGGCUGACGAGUGGGCCCGCCGCUCCUCCAACCUGCAGUCUCGCUCCUUCCGGAUCCUGGCCCAGAUGACAGGGACAGAAUACAUGCAAGACCCUGAUGAAGAGGCUCUGCGAAGGUCAAGCACUCCCAUUGAGCAUGCUCCGGUGUGCACCAGCCAGGCCGCCUCCCCGCUGCUGCCCGCUUCUGCCCAGCCACCUGCUGCUGCCUCUCCCAGCUCAGCAUCGCCGCCCCCGGCCACAGCUACUGCUCAAGCUGCCACCGCCUGCGCUGCAGCCCCCGGCUUGAUCGGCUUGAGCACCUCGGACGGCCCAAGGCCCCAGGCCACAGCCUACAGCCCUGCAACUGCUGCCACUGCAGCCCCAGCUGCCCACACGAGCUACAGCGAGGGUCCAUCUGCCCCUGCACCCAAGCCCCGUGUGGUCACCACAGCAAGCAUCCGGCCUUCUGUCUACCAGCCAGUGCCUGUGUCUACCUACAGCCCAUCCCCAGGAGCCAAUUACACCUCAGCUCCCUACACCCCCUCCCCUGCCCCUACCUACACCCCCUCCCCUGCCCCUACCUACACCCCCUCCCCUGCCCCUACCUACACCCCCUCCCCUGCCCCCACUUACACCCCAUCCCCCGCACCGACCUACACCCCCUCCCCUGCUCCUAACUACAACCCUGCACCCUCACCGGCCUAUGGCACUGGCCUAGCAGAGUCUGCCAGCCGCCCCCCCUGGGUGACAGAUGACAACUUUUCUCAGAAAUUCGCCCCCAGCAAGAGCACCACAUCCAUCAGCAAGCAGACCCUGCCCCGGGGAGCCCCAGGCUAUACCUCAUCGGCUCCCCCAACUCUAGCCAGGGGUACGGUGCAGAGAGCUGAGCGCUUCCCAGCCAGUAGCCGAACUCCACUGUGUGGCCACUGCAACAGUGUCAUCCGGGGCCCUUUCCUGGUGGCCAUGGGCCGCUCCUGGCACCCAGAGGAGUUCAACUGUGCCUACUGCAAGACCUCACUGGCGGAUGUGUGCUUCGUGGAGGAGCAGAACAAUGUGUACUGCGAGCGGUGCUAUGAGCAGUUCUUCGCCCCACUGUGUGCCAAGUGCAACACCAAGAUUAUGGGGGAAGUGAUGCACGCCCUGAGACAGACAUGGCACACAACCUGCUUCGUGUGCGCAGCCUGCAAGAAGCCUUUUGGAAAUAGCCUCUUCCACAUGGAGGAUGGGGAGCCCUACUGUGAGAAAGACUACGUCAACCUGUUCAGCACCAAGUGCCAUGGCUGUGAUUUCCCCGUGGAGGCAGGGGACAAGUUCAUCGAAGCCCUGGGGCAUACCUGGCAUGACACCUGUUUCAUUUGUGCGGUCUGCCAUGUGAAUUUGGAGGGACAACCAUUCUACUCCAAGAAGGACAAGCCCUUGUGCAAGAAGCACGCACACGCCAUCAACGUGUAGGCCCAGGCGUAGGCGCAGGCGAGGCCUGGCUGCUCUGCCACUGGCAACCCUGGGGUUGAGGAUGCGAUGUUUCUUUUGGGGGGCAGGAGGGUAGCAAGGGGCCCUGUUGAGUAUCAAUUUAACUUCUCCUCUGUCCAAAGGCCAUAUAUUUGUCUAGUUCAGAGUAGAAGCCAAGUGCAGCUUCUAAAUCCUGCUCGCUAUUCACCCAGGCCUGGACCUGCACUUCCGUCACUUAAGGCAGGACUGCAGGAAGUCCCGAGCCAAAGCAGCUUUCCCAGGGCUGUGCUGCCCAUGUCCCCAGUGUAGGGACAGAGCCCAGAGGGCACAGUGCCCGGCCUUGUGCAGAGCUCUUCGAGCUGCUCCUACAAACAAAACACGGUGCCAAACAGUGCUCGCUUCCGGGUAUUUUUAGAGCCACAGCUGAGAGCUGGCUAGCUGAGACCCAGCAAGCUUUCCUCACCAAAAAAGGAAGUGGUAUUCCUCUUGGAGUAUCCUGUGGCCACCUCAGCUCCAAGACUGCGGGAACAACUUCAGCUGUCCCCAGGGCCAGGCAUCUGCGGCGAUGGCUCUGGGAGCUCCAGGCUGCUCCCUGCCAAGGCUCCACUGUGCCCCUCUUUCAUUUUGAAUCAUCUGGGGUCCCCAGAAGGCUGCUUGGCCCCUCUGUGGCUCUGGUGAUAUCUAGCCUUUGUUUUGCUUUAAGGGCAUGAGUGUCUUCGUGUGUGUCACCCCCACCCUCACUGAUCACUUUUGCUGUCUUCCCCCUCCCCUCUUCCAAAUGGACUUGAGAGCCUGCAGAAAGAAGCGGGACAGAGUGAGACCCAGGAAGGCAGAGCAGGCCAACACUCCCAAGCCUCUCUGUCUGCCAGCCUUGCAAGGAGGUGGUGGGACCUCUCAUGCAUGCUUGCCCAUCCCUUCCGAGAGCCCUUCCAGGGCCACACACUUGCUGUGUGUGCUCGUGUUCCCUGCUGGAGGAAGAGGGGGCUGUGUUGGCCAUUUGGGCCAAGAUUUUGGAAAAUGUACAAGCUGACUCAACAUAGCAGCUACUUCCAUAGGUACUGAAAUAGACCUAGGCCUUCAGCCUUCUCUACCAUAUAGAUGAUAGUUAGGUUAGGUAAGCAAGGUAGGGCUGUCUGAUAAAAAGUGAGAAGUCUUGUUUCCAAAGUUGGGGACAAUACGGU